AUGUAUGGCAACACUUCAAGAAGGACAGGGGAAGGUCCUAUGGACUUUGAAUGGCAGGAGAAAGGUGGCCCUAUGGACCCAAAAUCACCUUUCCUACAAUUCAAUGCUUUACAAAUUGAGAAUGCAUUUCGAAAUCCAGCAUUCACCACACCCCGCAAACCACAUACUCCAGAUAUUUACUCCGAAGCUUCUGGACUUGAAUCUUCACCUGGCGAGACUGCCGAUGCAGAGGAUACACCUGAAAUACCCAAGACUACCAGCAAAAAUAUGACGACCUUCUCGUCCCACGCUUCAGCACGUAAACCACUUUUUGGAAAAUAUGGCACAAAUUAUAAAGGAACUAGUCCAGGCGCUCGAAAUGAUUUACGAAGAAUGAAACUAGUAGGACAACCUAUAGCUAAAAAGCGAAAGCGUCAACAUCGAGAUGAGAGAGAAGAUGAAACCAUGGGAAUAGUGCGACAUCACAGGAAAGAAUCUGUUUCGGAAACGGAGAGCGAGUCUGGAGACUCAAGACCAAAUAGUCGAUCUAAUGAUCGCAGCCAAGCGGAAGACAAACCAGGCUGGUUCUCCUCCUUCUUAUCCGGCAUUGAGUCUCGACCUAAUCUUCCCAACAUCCUUUCCUACUAUGCUCAACUAGCGCUCAACACAUUUGUUGUGGGGCUAAUAAUGUUUGGAGUUUACUCAUUUUGGACUACAAUUCGCAGCGACGUUGAUAAAGCAUCUCAAAAAGCCACAGCGGAAGUUCUAUCUGAAAUGGCACAUUGCGCAAAACAAUACGCAGAGAACAGAUGUGAACCUAGUAUGAGAUUACCUGCUUUAGAAACGGUUUGUAAUAAUUGGGAAGCUUGUAUGACUAUGGAUCCAAAUAGUGUCGGAAGAGCUAGAAUUAGUGCAAAAACAUUCGCGGAGAUUUUGGAUAGUUUUAUUCAACCUAUUAGCUACAAAGCGAUGAUCUUCGUAGCUCUAAUUCUCACCCUUUCCAUCGCCGCAAACAACAUGGCCUUUGGAAUGUUCCGCUCUAAACCGCCAACCUUCCACCCCGAACCCCAACCCCAUCCUCAAGCACAUCUUCCUCAACACCCAAACUAUUUCGGCCAGCCAAAUCCAUGGGGAAUCCCGCAAACUCCCCAAUCACAUUUCGGACCAUAUGAACCUUGGCCUACAGGCGCAAGUACUACGCAAAGAGGAUUAUUCGGCCAGAGGAAUGGAUUCGGAAAUGGUAUGGGAAAUGGAGAGUUUGAAUUCAAGACAAUAGAGAGAAGUCCUAGUAAAAAUCGGGGGAGAACUAAGGGAAGGAGUCCAAGUAAAGGAGAGAGACGAUAUUUGGAGUAG